AUGUCUCUACGUCGCAAGGCCGCAUCCUCUGUCCCCGAGACACCUCGCAUCAUCUCGCCGAGUCCCGACCCCCCGGAGCACGACGCGGGCUACUCGGCACCCACGACGCGCUCGGCGGCCCGGAGGAGAAUGGCGUCCUCUCAGCACUCUCAAGACGAACAUCCGCAACAAGACGAUGUCGACGACGAGGUUCCCGGCCUGCGGAGGUCCCGCACCAGAAGUAGAUCGCCAAUCGACUCCCGAACAAUGGCCCGCAUGACACCAAGCAACUCCAGCCUCGCCAUGAAACCUUUGUCCAAGGAGCCUUCUGAAAAGGUCGUCACAAAUGGCAAGAUAUCUGCUUCAAAUGGGCACCUGGCCCCUCCCCAGCCUGCCACGCCCUCGGGCUGGUCCUGGCGGGACUUUAGCCGCAGUCCCAGCCCCCUCGGCCUCAUCCCCAUCCACCGACACUGGCGAACAUUCGUGCACAAACACGAGGUGCCUCGCAAAGCCCUCCACGUCUCGAUAGGCUUCUUCGUGGUGUGGCUGUACACGACGGGGACGCAGACGCAGGCUGUUCCCCCGUAUCUCAUGGCCGGACUGAUUCCCAUUGCUACGACAGACUGGCUUCGACACCGAUACGCCGCGGUGAACAGGCUGUACGUGCGCCUUCUGGGUGCGCUCAUGCGCGAGAGCGAAUACUCUGGAUAUAAUGGCGUCAUAUUCUACCUACUUGGCGCCUGGGCCGUCUUGUACUUUCUCCCCAAGGAUGUGGGCGUCAUGAGUGUUUUGCUGUUGAGCUGGUGCGACACGGCCGCCAGUACGUUUGGGCGUCUUUGGGGUCGCCAUACACCUCGGAUCCGUCGUGGCAAGUCGCUGGCUGGUUCCUUUGCCGCCUUCUUGGUCGGCGUGGCUACGUCAUUCUUCUUUUAUGGCUGGUUGGUCCCCGUUAUCGGACCCAUGCCUGGGGACGAGAACUUCAUGUUCAAGGGUACCCUCUCGCUGCCAGCUGCCGUGGCAAGCGCUCUCGGUGUGUCUCGGGCUGCAGCUACUGUGUCGGGCACUUUGGCCUUGUCCAUCAUGGGCUUGUGGUCUGGUUUUGUUGCUUCUGCCAGUGAAGUGAUUGAUAUUUUUGGCUGGGACGAUAAUUUCACCAUACCAGUUCUCAGCGGCAUUGGCAUCUGGGGUUUCCUGAGGCUUUUCACUUAA